CUUUUUCAUUAUCUACUUAUUUAUUCUUAAUUUUAUUCCUUUAUACUUCCAUUCUUCUCUCAUAUAAGCAGGUACGCAUCCACCAUCUGAUCAUUCCAUCCUUUACCAAAACCUUCGAUUCAUAAUAAAAUGAGUGAAUAUGUUUCUUCAAUGAUUAAAUACGCUCAUAGCGGUGAUAGUUUUACUAUUUUGGUAAAGAAUAACUUGAAACAAAUCAAUGAAAAGCAGUUUUCUCUUGCUUACAUUGAUUGCCCUCGUUUUCGGAAAGAAGGUGACGAGCCAUUUGCUUUUGAGGCUCAAGAACAUGCACGACGUCUUGUUGUAGGUCGCCCUGCUUCGACAUGUACAUUCAACGUUGCUCCUACUACCAAGCGUGAAUACGGUUGCAUCCGUACUGCUGAUUUGGAUCUGACUGAAUCUUUAUUACGCGCUGGCUUAGCCAAGCUUCGUCCUGAAGCAGUCCGUAGAGAGUCUAAUCACGAAAAUGCUUAUUUCAAAGGAUUGGAGGAAGCUCAAGCCGCAGCUCAAGAAAGCAAACUUGGUGUGUGGAGUAAUUUAGAAGAUGCCGUUCAAACAGAAAAAUCCGUCCCUGCUGACAUUCCCAAGUUUAUGAAACGAAACCAAAAGAAGAAAUUGAACGGUAUUAUUGAAAAUAUCCGUGAUGGUGAUCAAUUGCGGGUUCGCCUUCUUUUGAAGCCCAGACGCCAUCAGUACAUUAAUGUAUCACUUGCUGGUGUUCGCUGUCCUCGUGCUACCCAUACUUACAACGACCAACCACCUACCGAGGAGGAACCUUUCGGUGAUGCUGCGAGACAAUUUGUUGAAACAAGACUUCUGCAAAGAAACGUUAUUAUUGAAUUGUUGGGUGUGACGCCAAGUAACACGAGCUUCAUCGCUAAUGUACUUCACCCCGCCGGAAACAUUGCUCAUGUGCUUCUUUCUGGUGGUCUUGGUCGUGUUGCCGACCUCCAUAGCAUAAACCUUGGUCCAGAGGCUAUGCAGAACCUGCGAACUAUUGAAGGUAAGGCGAAGGCCGCCAAUUUAGGUAUCUGGAAGAAUGUUAAAUUACCUAAUAUUGGUUCACUUUCUCUUCGUGACUAUAGCGGUAUCGUUUCUCGUGUCGUUUCGACUGAUACUCUUGAAGUACGUCGCGACGAUGGUUCAGAUGCCAGACUCCAACUAAGUAGCAUACGCCAUCCUAGACCAUCAAACGAGAAAGAAGCUCCCUACCAGCUUGAUGCCCGUGAAUUUUUCCGUAAAAAAAUUAUCGGCAAGCGAGUUAAUGUUUCCCUCGAUUUUGUUCGUCCUGCCCAGAAUGGAUUACCUGAAAUCAAUGCUUGCACUGUGACUUUAAGCGAUGGAAGAAACCUUGCCAUGUUAGCCGUCGAAAAUGGCUACGCUUCCGUUUUGAGACAUAGAGCUGAUGAUGUUGACCGCUCCCCUAUCUAUGAUCAUCUAAUUCAAGCUGAAAAAAAUGCUCAAGAAGCUAAGAAGGGCAUGUGGUCAGGAAAGAAGCCUCAAUACGAAGCAAUUGUUAAUGCUUCCGAAACUCCUUUAAGAUCUCGUCAGAACCUUUCGUCCCUCCAAAGAAACAGAAAACUUCCUGUAGUCAUUGAAAACGUUAUCAGUGGCUCUCGUUUCCGCUGUUUUUGUCCAAAGGAAAAUUGUUUCUUUAUGUUCGCUUGUGCUGGAAUCCGUACCCCACGAACUGCUCGUAAUGCCCAAGACAAGGAAGAGCCUUUUGCAACUGAAUCGUUUAACAAUGCUAAAUCAUUGUUACAACAGGAAGUGGAAGUAGAAGUUCUUUCAGUAGACAAUAACUCUUGUUUCUUAGGUGAUUUGACAGUCAACCGUACAUCAAACUUUGCUUUGGAUUUAUUGACUGAAGGUUUGGCCUGGUGUCAAGGUUAUUCUAGUCAAUCAAAUAUUCAAUACACCCAGUACCAUGAUGCCGAAUCCUCUGCAAGGGAAAAGAAAGUUGGCAUUUGGCAUAACUAUGCACCUGAAGUUGCUCAGAAAAAAACCGACGCACCUUCUGAUUCUGCUGCUUCCGAACCAACGUAUUUGGAUGUUGCGCUUAGUGAUAUUGCUGAUGACGGAAAGUUUUCUUUUCAAGUCGCUGGCCCCAACAUCCAACAGUUAGAAAAUUUGAUGUCCGAGCUAUCCGAUCACAGAAAGGCCGCUCAGUCAUUGGAUCGCUACAAUGUUGGAAUGAACGUUGCUGCUAUUUCUACCCUUGACAAUGGAAUCUACCGUGGAAAAAUCUUACGUUGCAAUAGAGAAAAUCAGAGUGCCGAUGUUUUGUUGUACGAUUACGGCAGUGUCGAACAAACUCCUUUCAAAAAUUUGUAUGCCCUUCCUGAAAAAUUUUCAAAAUUAAAACCUCAAGCUCAACUCUCCCGUCUUACAUUUGUCCAGCUUCCUCCUUCUAACUCUGAUUAUUACGAAGAUGCCAAGCUCGUUUUUAGAGAGCUUGCUAUGAACAAAGGCCUCGUGGCUAAAAUUGAUGGUAAGACAGAUAAUGUUGCUUCAGUGACCCUCUAUAACCCUAGUGAUGGUGCUGAUUUCUCAGACUGUAUCAAUACCCAGUUGGUUGCUCUUGGUAUGGCUAGCGUUACCCCUAGAAGAAAACUAGCACCAUUUGAGAAAGAUGCUGCCAGUUUAAGCAUUUUGCAAGAUUGCCAGCAACAGGCACGCCUCAAUCAUAUUGGCAUGUGGGUAUAUGGUGACCCUCUCGAAUAUGAGGAAUAAAAGCUUAUGCUUUAUAAUAACGUUCUUUCAUUUUGCUUUUUGCCAUAAAGUACAUUCUUUUUUGUGAUAUCCGAUGAAUUAUUUACGAGAAAUUUAUGCAAGCACAAAAAAUUUUAUUCGUCAUUAAAUUCAUGUACCCUUAAAAAUUAAAUCU